AUGACCCCGGAAAGCAAUGGAUCCUUCGAAAACUGCACCAAUUCAACAACGUCACUCCCGGCCCAGGACGGCACCUACAUGGCCGAAAUCCAAACCAACGAUUUAGACAACAUGCAAUGUAAGCUUUGAUGGUUUUUUUGGUAGUUGAGAAAAUUAGGGAAUUCUUCAGAUUGUUGUCACUUGUUUUUUUUGGUGGUAUUUAUUUUUUAUAUGAUCUAUUUUUUCAGAAACCCAGCUCUCGAAUCAGUGAAUCUUUGGAACGCAUUUCCCGACCCUACUUUCAAUGUCCCAAUUCCGGCCCAGGACGGCACCUACAUGGCCGAGACCUUCACCAACGAUUUAGACAACAUGGAAUGUAAGUUUUGAUGGGUUUUUAUAGUUGGGGAUAUUAGGGAACUCUUCACAAGGGAAUGGACUUUAUGUGUAAAUCGAUUUUGGCUUGAGACAUCGUCAGAUCGAAAGGUGUGUGGUAGUCGAUUAUUCACUUGGGGGGAAAUCUCUGCGCGGGCUUCAAAGCCGAGAAAAUCGGCUUCAAAGUUUGGGCGAAAAUCAAAGGGUAGGAUCCCGGAAAAGUAGCGUUAAAAAGUGUGAAGCAGUGGCCGAGUGGUCAGUGCGCUCGCUUUUUACGCAAAAUGUUGCAGGUUCGAGUCUUUCCAAGCUCAAACCAUCAUUUAUCGUUUUUACUUUUGCUUUCUUCAUGCUAAUCCGGCUGUACAUUUAAAAAAGGGGUAUAGGUAAAAUUGUCUAAAAAAGUUAUGAAUGGAAGCAGAUUCGAGCUCGCGACCUUUUGCGCAAAAAGCGACCACUCGGCCACUGCUUCACACUUUCUAUCGCUCCUUUUCCGGGAUCCUACCCUUUGAUUUUCGUCCAAACUUUGAAGCCGAUUUUCUCGGCUUUGAAGCCCGCGCAGAGAUUUCCCCCCAAGUGAAUAAUCGACUACCACACACCUUUCGAUCUGACGAUGUCUCAAGCCAAAAUCGAUUUACACAUAAAGUCCAUUCCCCUGUCAGAUUGUUGUCACUUGUUUUUUGAUGGUUCUUCAAUUGAUUUCUGUAUUUUCAGAUAUUGCUCCAAGAUUUCUUCACUGCUUUUCGGAUUUAAAAUAAAAAAAAAAGAAAAAAAUAAAAAAAAUAAAAAAAUAAAAAAAAGAAAAAAAAUAAAAAAAAGAAAAAAAUAAAGAAAAAAAAAUAAAAAGAUAAGAAAAAAUAAAAAAAAGAGAAAAAAAAGUAAGAAAAUAAAAAAAAAAUUUUUUUUAAGUACCCCGUAUCCUUCUCCUCUAAAUUUUACUCGCCUAACUUACUGCCCAUUUGUAUCAAUGUAAGUUGUUAUUUCGUUCUUGAAUUUAUCCUGGAUUUUUAUUAAAUUAUAUGAUCUAUUUUUUCAGAAACCCAGCUCUCAAAUCAGUGAAUCUUUGGAACGCAUUUCCCGACCCUACUUUCAGUGUCCCAAUUCCGGCCCAGGACGGCACCUACAUGGCCGAGACCUUAACCAACGAUUUAGACAACAUGGAAUGUAAGUUUUGAUGGUUUUUUGUAGUUGAGGAUAUUAGGGAACUGUUCGGAUUGUUGUCACUGGUUUUGGUGGUUCUGCAAUUGAUUAUUUUAUUUUCAGAUGUUGCUCCAAUGUUUCACUGCCCUACCCCAAAUGUUUACCACCCAUUUUUCGCUAUGUAAGUUGUUUCACCCUUGAUUUUUGCCUGCUUUUUCUCAAACUACAUGAUAUAUAUUUUCAGAAACCUAAACAUCACCUUCACUCCCGCCACACCCCUUUCCAUUCGCAACACCCAUUCUUCCCUCCCACUCGCACCACUAUCCUCCCCCAUCACACUCUCUUCAGGAUGUAAGUUUUGUGGUUUAUUAGUAGUUGAGGAAAUUAUAGUGAGGGACCUGAUCCGAUGGCAAAAAACGUCUCCUUUUGCAUCCCGGAAGGGGCCAAAAUGACCCCAAACCAUUCCCUUCUGUAAGCUGAAAAACUCCGUUUUGAAAAGCGCGCCCUUUUCUUCAAGGAGGACUCUUCAAUGCGGGGUUUUUUAGCUUAGAGAAGGGGAGGGUUUGGAGACAUUUUGGUGCCUUUCGGGAUGCAAAAUGAGACGUUUUUUGCCAUUGGAUCCGGUCCCUCACUGUACAGAUGGCUUGAGAUUAUUGUCAAUUCUUUUUUGAGUGUUCUUCAAUUUAUUCUUUUAAUUUGCAGAUAUCCCCAAGCCCCAUGCAACGGAUACCUUUAAAAAAGAAAAAAUUAGUAAAAAAAGAAAAAAAUUAAAUAAAAAAUAUACAAUAAAAAAAAUAACAAUAAAAAAUAAAGGAGAAAAAAGAAAAAAUAGAAAAAGAAAAAAAAAAAAAAAAUAAAAAAAAUAUAAAAAAUAAUUUUGUUUAAAGUGACUCUUAUUUUUCUCUUGUAAAAUGUGAUUCGCCUAUUAGUUUACGACCCCUUUGUAAUAAUGUAAGUUGUCAUUUAGUUCUUGAAUUUAUCCUGGAUUUUUCUUAAAUUAUAUGAUCUAUAUUUUCAGAAACUCAGUUCUCAAACCAGUGGAUCUUUGGAGCACAUUUCCCGACCGCUACUUUCAAUGCCUCAACUUCGGCCCAGGACGGCACCAUGGCCGAGACUCAAACCAACGUCAGAAACAACAUGGAAUGUAAGUUUUGAUGGCUUUUUUUGGUAGUUGAGGAAAUAUUAGGGAAUUCUGCUUGAGAUUGUUGUCACUUGUUUUUUUAGUUGUUUUUCAAUUUAAUAUUUUUUUGUUUUCAGAUAUUGCUCCAAGAUUUCACUGCUCUACCCCAAAUGUUUACGACCCAUUUUUCACUAUGUAAGUUGUUUCACCCUUGAUUUUAGCCUGCUAUUUCUCAAACUAUAUGGUAUAUAUUUUCAGGAAUCUAAACAUCACCUUCACUCUCGCCACACCCCGUUCCAUUUGCAACACCCAUCCUCCCCUCCCACUCGCACCGCACCCCUCCUCCGUUCCACUCCCACCACACUCCUCCCCCAUCACACUCUCUUCAGAAUGUAAGUUUCAUCGUUUAUUAGUAGUUGAGGAAAUUACAGAUGGCUUGAGAUUAUUGUCAACUCCUUUUCGAGGGUUCUUCAAUUUAUUCUUUUUAUUUGCAGAGAUCUCCAAGUCCCAUGCAACGGAUACCUUUAAAAAAUCGAAAAAAAUAAAAAAAAGUAAAAAAAAAUAAAAAAAAGAAAAAAUUAAAAAAAAGAAAGAAAAAAAAGAAGAAAGUUAAAAAGAAAAAAAAUUAAAAAAAAAAGAAAGAAGAGGCCACAUCACUUCCCCUCCCACCACCACACUUCUCUCACUCUCCCCCUCCCCUACCACACCCACCACCCUCCUUCCCUCUCCCUCUCCCUCUCCCUCCCCUUCACCCAAUCAUCAUGGCUUGCUUUGAUGAUUAAAGUAAGUUGUUUUUUUACCAAUUGUAGGCCUUUAUUCUCGUCAUGAGUCCAGAUACUGCCAAUUCUAUUUUUAAUGUUAUUUAUUUUCAUGGAAACCAUCGAGAAUCCGUUCCUUGGAGCCCUGGAGAAGUUGGAGAAAUCAACGGUGUCCUGAAGGUCUGCAGAAGAUAAGAAAGGUAUGUUAAUUGGGAGUGAUAGAAGAAUCGGGUAUUAGAAGGGGACACUAGGAACAUUCUAAGUGAAAACGCGUUUAGCUGUGUAAAAGCCAGUCAUUACGACAUAUUUUUUGAAUGGUUACGGCAGUGACGAGGGGUUUUCUAAACUCUGAUUUUUACUGGUAUAAACGGGUUAGACAUGGGUUUAAAAGCUUGCAAAGUCUUGAUAGGUGCUGUUUUGUGAUUGAUCAUUUUGGAAUACGCAUUUGUCUUCAUGGAAGUAUGUUAAGAAACUGAUGUUUUUUGUGAUUUUUUCGGAAGAAUUUUAGAAUUUCUUGCUUUUUUUUGACAAUUAAAGGAAUUAAAAUAUGUAAGAGGUCGUAAAAAGAAACUUACACGGAGUAGUUACUAGUCUUAGCCACUAGUCAUGUCAUCAUGACGAUAUUGUGCUACUUUUAUAUUGUUCAUGAGAUGAAUAACAUGAAAUUUCCCAUUGAUUAAUAUAUUCUUCUUCCAGAAUGGCCACUUUGUUAUGGUCGACGAGGAAGCUGGAGUGAUUGAAAGCGAAGAACAAGCUGCAUUCCACGGAAACGGACGGCAUCUCUGA